AUGUAAUAAAAAAUUAUAUAAAGACUUCAUGGUUAAGCACAAAAUUAUGCUUGGGGAAUGUUGUCAUCCAAUCCAGAUUGUUUGGUGUACAAGUUGACUCAAAAGACAUCUAAUGAAGUAAGACCGUUUGCUGAGUUUUGGAUGGGGAGUCAUCCAUCAUUGCCAUCUUUGUAUGAGAAUGGAGAAAAGGUUAAUUUAGAUCUCCCGUAUCUCUUUAAAGUGUUGUCAGUUGAUUAAGUACAAAAUUUAAUCGAUUAAGCCACUCUCCAUUCAAAUACAUCCCAAUAAAGAGUAAGCUAAGAUUCUGCAUGCAACAAAACCAAAUCUAUAUCCUGACGAUAAUCACAAACCAGAAAUGGCUAUUGCCUUAACCAAUUUUGAAGCUUUGGUAGGCUUUGCCGAUCAAUAAACCAUCAUUAACAAUAUCGACAGAGUAUUAAAUAUAAGCAUACUCUCUAGAAUCCUCAAAUAAUAUAGAAAGUCGGUGAAAAUCUGUGGAAUCAAUUUUUGGCUGCACAAAAUUAAUAGGCUCAGGACAUUUUGAAAUAAAUAGUGGCCAUAUUUUUAUCAUUGACUCAAGACGAUGUGAAACAGAUCUUAGACAACUUCUAAUGGCCAGUCAAAUGUAAUCCAAGUUUGGAUCCAGGAUCGAAAAUUGAAAAAUAUGAUGUUGGCUAUUUAUUCCUCUUAUUGAUGAACCAUCUCAUAUUGUAACCUGGUUAGGCAGUAGUAUUGGAGGCUGGAUUGAUUCAUGCUUAUUUGAAAGGGAAUAUCAUAGAAACAAUGGCGAAUUCUGAUAAUGUUGUUAGAUGCGGAUUCACUCCAAAAUAGAAGGAUGUGGAAACAAUGAAAGAAAUACUAAUUUGUGAGAUGAAGUAGCCCAACUAUGUUGAACCAAUUGUCGAGCAGUCUAAUGAAUAUACAGUUAAACAAUACUUAACCAAGUACUAGGAAUUUGCUUGUGUAAUUUAUUUUGAUAGACAAAUUAGGAUUGUUUGGAAUUGAAGGCUCAAGAGAAAUCAAAGGUAUUCAAACUAAAACAGCAUUCUAUUUUAUUGUGUCUCUAAGGACUUGGUAAAUUAAUUAAUGAGGAGGGAAACUAUGAACUUGGUUUCGGAUAGACUUAUUUAAUCAAUAAGGAAAUCGACGUCCAUUUUCAAGUAGAUUAACACUUAUAAUUGUAUGUUUGUUAUUCGCAAUGA